GCCUGGAGGCGGCUGUCCCUGUAAAGUACCUCGGGCUCACUUUGCAGCGAGCCUAUUGAGUCGGUCAAUUUGCAAUCGAUUUCUAUCAUCAACCUCCGAUACAACUCCGACCAUAGACAAUUGCCCCUAGUACUUAAGUUAAUAUCCCACCUAGUCUCGACACCGAAGGUUAUUGCUCCCCAUCUUUAAAACUUUACCCUUUUGUUCUUCAGUUUGUGUUGAAUAUAUAAUUUCGCCAAUUCAACUUUUUACCGUCAAUUGACUUCACAAACGCAUCAAUGAUGAGACCGUUGCUUGUCCGCUCCGCUUUACGGAGCGCUCGCAUGUCGAGCCUGAGACCGCUAUGCCAUGCGCAACGAUUCAGCAUCAAGGCUGAGGCUGCCUCUACCAUCAAGCCUCUGGGCUUGGAUGCAUCAAAACUCAGCAUCGAGAAGACGGGGAAGCCCAAGGGCCUCAGCAAGCCCGAGGAUCUCGUCUUUGGAAGGGAAUUCACAGACCACAUGCUUGCGAUCGAAUGGAAUCAAGACGAAGGAUGGUUGGAGCCCAAGAUCACACCCUACCAGAACCUCUCACUCGACCCCGCGACAUGUGUCUUUCACUAUGCCUUCGAGUGUUUUGAGGGUAUGAAGGCGUACAAGGACAAGGACGGCAAAGUGCGACUCUUCCGACCUGACAAGAACAUGGCGCGACUCAACAAGUCUGCCGCCCGUAUUGCGCUCCCGACCUUUGAGCCCCAGGCCCUCACCGAGCUCAUCUCCAAGCUCGCUCAGCUCGACUCCCGCUUUAUCCCUGAUAAGCGGGGAUACUCCCUCUACCUCCGUCCCACCAUGAUCGGAACUCAAAAGACACUCGGUGUCGGACCUCCCGGAUCUGCUCUUCUCUACGUCAUUGCCUCGCCCGUCGGUCCUUAUUAUCCUACUGGCUUCAAGGCUGUCUCGCUCGAGGCCACUGACUACGCUGUUCGUGCCUGGCCCGGUGGUGUUGGUGACAAGAAGCUGGGCGCCAACUAUGCGCCCUGUAUCGUUCCCCAGCUCCAGGCCGCCAGCCGUGGCUUCCAGCAGAACCUCUGGCUGUUUGGUGAGGAGGAGUACGUUACUGAGGUCGGCACAAUGAACAUGUUUGUUGCUCUCAAGAACAAGGAGACUGGCCAGAAGGAGCUUGUGACAGCUCCCCUUGACGGAACUAUCCUCGAGGGAGUCACUCGUGACUCUGUGCUCGCUCUCGCUCGGGAGCGUCUUGAACCUGAGGGCUGGAAAAUCAGUGAGCGCAAGUACACGAUGAAGGAGCUUGCUGAGGCCGCUGAUGAGGGUCGUCUUCUCGAGGCCUUUGGUGCUGGAACUGCAGCUAUUGUCAGCCCUGUCCGUUCCAUCUCAUGGAAGGGUAAGCUCGUUGACUGCGGUCUUUCUGAGCUCGAAGAGUCUGGCGAGAUCGCUCUCAAGAUGAAGGAAUGGAUCGAGGCCAUUCAGUAUGGUGAUGAGGAGCAUGAAUGGAGCUACACUAUUUAGAGUGGUUGUGUAUAUGGCGUUAUAUAGCGGCUGGGAAUAGAUAGAUCGGAAUCAAAAUAAUUACGCUCA